GGACCAUUUUAAGAGCAACACAACGUGAGCACUAUCAUCAUGUAAAGGGCAAAGCAAGAAGAAGCAACAACCGACCAAGCCAAACAGGAAAAAAAAAAGAAAAUAAAAGAAGAGAGGUGGGAGUGGAAGCAACGAACCCUCCUCCACCUCCACUACUCUUCUAUAUAAAAAAUAAUCCGCUGGCUGAUUAGUGUAGGAAAUGAUGAAUCACAUCAGCAACAGCGCGGCAGCCCCGCGGCGCACCCACUCCCAACCCAACCCACCACUUCCCAAAAGCAAAGCACGUUGCUAAUCUAACCAAUCCCCUCCGCUUGCUUUCCUUCCUCCUUCGCCUUCCUCCCCACCACCACCAACAGCACCACCACCACCACCAGCAGCGCUCCAUCCAUCCUCGCCUCGGCUCUCCCCCUGCGCCCCCUUCCCCUCCGUCACCGAUUCCCUCUUGCUCCGUCUUGAUCGGGCGGGCGGCGGGAGGGUCAGGCUGGCAAGUCGCGCGGCGAUGAUCACCUCUCCGUCUCCCUCGCCGUCGCCGUCGUCGUCGCGGACGCCCAACAAGGGCGGGGGCGGCUCCGCUACGCCGCCGCCGCCGCGGAGUCUGCAGGCCAGCAAGUGGCGCAGCGGCGCGGUGCGCGGGGUGUACGGGCGGCGCCUGCUGGACGCGCUCCGCGCCACGGGCGGGGGCCAGCCGCGCGCCGUGAAGGCGGCGGCGGACUCGGCGCUGGCGCUGACGGCGCGCGGCCAGACGCGGUGGAGCCGCGCUAUCCUGCUGGCCGGCGCGGCCUGCAGCCGCCGCCGCGUGCUCGUCAAGGCGGGCGGCAAGGUCCGGAGGCGCCGCCGCCCGCCUCCGCCGGUGCAGGCCAGAGACAACGCGGCGUUGCUCAAGGGCAAGGGCAAGGGCAAGGAGAAGGGCAAGGUGCAGGAGCGGCUCCGCGUGCUGGGCCGCCUCGUCCCGGGGUGCCGGAAGCUCCCCGCGCCUACUCUGCUGGAGGAGGCCGCCGACUACGUUGCCGCGCUGCAGAUGCAGGUCAGCGCCAUGCGCGCGCUCGCCGACGCGCUGGCGGCCGCGCAGCUGUCGUCGCCGUCGGACGCGGACGCGGAGGCGGGGAGGUGAGGCGUGGUCACGUGGGUGGGUGGGAUUGAUUGCUUGAUUGAUUGGCCUAGCCGCCUGGCCCCAUGACAUGAUUGAUCACCAGCUCCAGCCGGAGCAGCUCGCUCCCCCCCACCUGCCGGAUUCCGACGGGGGAUCGGGGAGGGGAAGAAAACAAUAAUCAUUUGCGGUGCGUGCGUUGCUCUUGUCGGGAGCGAUUGGUGUUGGGACUAGCAGAGUGAUGAACUCGAUUGAUGACCAUUCCAUUCCAUUCCAUGCAGCCUGAAUCGCUGCUGCUCGUGAUUUGUUGUAAAUUCCUUAAUCUUUACUCCUACCCCCAGCUGCUCUCUACUGUACUUGUGCAUAUGCAAAUGCUGAUCCUUCUCGUCCUGUGCCUUUCUUUCUGCCCUGCUGUGCUGUGGUACUCUACUCUUUGUGUCAGUACGAAAAAAAUUGGUGGAUAAUCGUGUGUUGCGUGCCAUGAUUUUGGUACUAGGGAAUGAACGAUCAGAAUUAAUUUGGUGGAUAAUUGUGUGUGGCGUGCCAUGAUUCUGGUAAAAGGGAAUGAACGAUCAGAA